AUGAUAGGCUCGAUGGCCUUUGCCGUAUUCGCGGGCCUUGCGCUUGCCACGGCCCUGGAAAGGCGAAAUGAUUCCGUGCAAGUCCCGUCUCCUAACAAGACGGCGCCGAUCCCUAACAGGACGGCGCCGAUGUCCGCCGCCUCGCCGGAGGCAACCCUCCUCGCCUGGAUCGAGCCCGGCCUGUCGUGGCACACAUGCGAGAUCGCCGUGACCGAGCAGGCCUGCGGCACCAAGCUAUUCUGCACAACCUGGGUGAACUGGUGGUAUCCAAAGGGCACAUAUCCGUACCAGGACGCCAAGGAGUGCCUGGCGGCCCGGGCGCAGCCGCCUCUCCCCACGAUCGUCUACCGCGGCGACCCGAGGCCGCCCGAAGAGUUCCGACGCCGGGGCGGCAUCGCGCCCAAGAAGCACGGCGCGCGCCACGGCAACCGGUCGUACAGCCUGCAGGCGCAUCACGAGGGCAAGGCAAAGUUCGCCGAUGCCUACGUCUCCACCACGAGCUGGUUCAGCGUCGCCCUUGGAUACGCUGUAGGCUCGGGCAAGCGCGCCUACGUCUACCGCGUGCGCCCCACGCCCAACAUGAUCGACCUCGACGCGUCUGGAGUUGUCUUGAAGUACGCGACCGAGAACGAGUUCGCCGCCCUGGGAGGCGUGCGUUGGGACCAGAUUGAGGCUUGGAUGCCCAUGCUGAAAAAUAUAACCGGCCGCGGGUUUGACCGCGAUGAGAUCCAAAGGUUCAAAAAUGUAGAGGCGUUCCAGGCAGAGUUCCCCGAGUACAUGCAUGCGUGGGUCAUCAACGACGAGUACAACUCGACCUUUGACAGCUUGAGCGCCAGCCACGGAGAGCCGCGCCUUGCCGGCACCAAGGCCAGCCUGGCCAAGUACAAGGAAAAGACGCUGGAGCAGUGGGCCGUCGAGUUCAUGGACAAGAACGGCGCGGCCGUGGGCUGGACGGGCAAGUUCCUUUUGGACUCCCCACCUGACGGGGGCGCCAACGGUAGUGUCCCGGGCGGCGGCUCUCGCGAGGCGGCCUUUGAGCGGAAGAAGCCCAUCCCGGCCCCGGCUCCGGACGCCGCCACCGGCAAGGUGAGCCCUCCGCAUGGACCCCUGGGGUUCCGCCUCAUUGGUACGAUGAAGGCUUAG